UCAGCUUUCGGGUUCGAGGGUUUAACUCCUAUUUAAAAUGAAGACUUUGACCCCUAACGGUUGAGCUCUCGGGAGCACUCGGAGGUUUCGGGUCGGAGGUGGGAGGCCGUAGGCAUCAUGGACAAAUGUAAAGAAAACAGCAUCUCGGGGCCUAAGACUACAGUUCCACUUGGUGAUGGCCCAAAACGUGUUCCGGUGACUCAGCAAUUUCCUUCUCAGAAUCCGGUGUCUGCGAACAGUGGCCAGGCUCAGCGGGUCUUGUGUCCUUCAAAUUCCUCGCAGCGUCUUCCUUCACAAGUGCAAAAGCUUGUCUCCAGCCAAAAACCCGUACAGCCCCUGAAGCAGAAGCCGGCGCAGGCAGCCAGCGCCCCUCGUGCUGUGUCCAGGCCGCUGAGUAAUACCCAGAAGAGCGAGCAGCCCCAGCUCCCAGCACCUGGAAAUAAUCCUGAAAAGGAAGCGGCAUCAAAACAGAAAAAUGAAGAAUCAAAAAGAAGGCAGUGGGCUUUGGAAGAUUUUGAAAUUGGUCGCCCGCUGGGUAAAGGAAAGUUUGGUAAUGUUUAUUUGGCAAGAGAAAAACAAAGCAAGUUUAUCCUGGCUCUUAAAGUAUUAUUUAAAGCUCAGUUGGAGAAAGCAGGAGUUGAGCAUCAGCUGAGGAGGGAAGUAGAAAUACAGUCCCACCUUAGGCAUCCAAAUAUUCUCAGGCUGUAUGGUUAUUUCCAUGAUGCUACCAGAGUCUACCUAAUUCUGGAAUAUGCACCCCUCGGAGCUGUCUAUAGAGAACUUCAGAAACUGUCAAAGUUUGAUGAGCAGAGAACUGCUACUUAUAUCACAGAAUUGGCAAAUGCCCUGUCUUACUGUCAUUCAAAGAGAGUUAUUCAUAGAGACAUUAAGCCAGAGAACCUGCUCCUUGGAUCAUCUGGAGAGCUUAAGAUUGCAGAUUUUGGGUGGUCAGUACAUGCCCCAUCCUCCAGGAGAACCACCCUCUGCGGCACCCUGGACUACUUGCCGCCUGAGAUGAUUGAAGGCCGGAUGCAUGACGAGAAGGUGGAUCUCUGGAGCCUUGGGGUGCUUUGCUACGAAUUUCUAGUUGGGAAGCCUCCUUUUGAGGCAAACACAUACCAAGAGACCUACAAAAGAAUAUCACGGGUGGAAUUCACAUUCCCUGACUUUGUGCCAGAGGGAGCCAGGGACCUCAUUUCCAGACUGCUGAAGCAUAAUCCCAGCCAGCGGCCCACCCUCAAAGAAGUACUUGAACACCCCUGGAUCACGGCAAAUUCAAAACCGUCGAGUAGUCAAAAAAAAGAAUCAGCUAGCAAACAAUCUUAAGAAUCUUUGGGGGCAGAAAUCCUCGAGACAGGGCUGCUGAUUACCUGCCUGGAACAGGCUGCUGGCGUAUCUCCCUGCUGCCUGCCCGCCGUCGAGAUGCUACAGGAAAUACUGUUUAUGAGCAGGCAGUGCUCGGCCUCCCAGUUCAGAGCUCCACCUCCGCAGACACGACACUCUGCAGCGGGAGUAGCCGCGGUUAUGUAAUCAAUCUGGAGGCAAGGUUCAAGUGCAGCCACCCCGCAGCCUGUUUCGAGUAAGGUGUCCUUGUGGAAGAUGGACUUGCCGCCUGGCUGUGGGGAAGGGCGGCUGCUUGGUCCUGACUCGACCCGUUGAAAAGCUGUGCAAUAACUUUCCAAGUCCCUGUGUGCGUGUAACUUAUCGGGUGGCCCGGUCUGGUAAAGCUGUCGGAAUGAACAUGUGAUUCUUUCUUUUAAAUGUUAAAAUAAAGACAUUUGUAUAGA